AUGCCCCGAACAGACGAAGCAGAACACUGGUUCAACGCCGUCUACGCCGCCGUGCGCGAGAUCCCACGGGGCAAGGUAACCUCCUACGGGCACAUUGCUCUCUUACUAGGUGAACCAAAACGUCCUCGCCAGGUCGGGAUCUGCUUAAAACACCUCCCGGCCCCAGAGAGCGGGGAGUACUUCCACGGCGGGAACGUGCCGUGGCAGCGGGUUGUGAAUUCCAAGGGGAUGAUUUCGCAUCGUGGGCCCGGGAGUGCGGCGAGACAAGCAGAGGCUCUUCGCGAAGAGGGUGUUGAGGUUGAUAGUGAUAGUAUGGGUGAGUUCUAUGUAGACUUUGCGCGGUUUGGGUGGUUUCCUAUUGAGUUACCGAGUGAGGUCGAUGCAGAUGAAGACGAAGAAUUGGACGAAGGCGAAGAGCUUAGGCGAAAUGGGUUAUAG